AUGCUCUAUCCGAAGGAUCGUCGUUUGUCGGUGUACCCUUUACCUAUUGUGUACUUUAUCCUGCUUUGGACUGUGUCCUUGAGCUUAAAUGGAGAAAGGCAGGUAGGGACCUGGACAAGGGCAUACCCAUCUGGGUGUGCAAGAAGUUUGUCCGAGUUAUCGCUCUUUUCAGAUGAUUUUACAUUCAGUGAAAACCAGGACACGAAUAAAAAUCACAGCACUUCCAGAAAUGGCCACAAUAACAUGAAGCAGGAGGGGCAUCCACGUGCAGGGAUACAUGCAGUGGGCAGGAGAUCCGAUGGGACUCUGAUGGACAGGUCCGAUAGGACUCUGGUUGACAGGUCCAAUGGUAGUCUGAUUGACAGGUCCGAUGGGACUCUGAUGGACAGAUCUGAUGGGACUCUGAUGGACAGAUCCGAUAGGUCCCUGCUUGACAGGUCCGAUAGGUCUCUGCUUGACAGGUCCGAUAGGUCUCUGCUUGACAGGUCCGAUGGGACUCUGGUUGACAGGUCCGAUGGGACUCUGGUUGACAGAUCCGAUAGGACUCUGGUUGACAGAUCCGAUGGCAGUCUGCUUGACAGGUCCGAUAGGACGCUGAUUGACAGAUCCGAUGAAAGUCUACACAAUGCAUCUGAUAGGAAUGUUCUGGACAAGUUUAAUAGGAAUGUGCUUAACAAGUUCGAUAGGAAUGUGCGUGACAAGUUUGAUAGGAAUGUUCUGGACACGUUUAAUAGGAAUGUGCUUGAUAAGUUUGAUAGGAAUGUUCUGGACAAGUUCGAUAGGAAUGUACAUGACGAGUUCGAUAGGACUUUGACUGACAGGUCCGAUGGGACUCUGCUUGACAGAUCCGAUGGCAGUCUGCUUGACAGGUCCGAUGGGACUCUGAUGGACAGAUCCGAUGGGACUCUGAUGGACAGAUCCGAUGGGACUCUGAUGGACAGAUCCGAUGGGACUCUGAUGGACAGAUCCGAUGGCAGUCUGCUUGACAGAUCCGAUAGGACUCUAGUUGACAGAUCCGAUGGCAGUCUGCUUGACAAAUCCGAUAGGACUCUAGUUGACAGAUCCGAUAGGACUCUGAUUGACAGAUCCGAUGGCAGUCUGCUUGACAAGUCUGAUAGGAAUUUCAUUGACCGUUCCGAUGGGACUCUGAUGGACAGGUCCGAUAGGACUCUGGUUGACAGGUCCGAUGGUAGUCUGCUUGACAAAUCCGAUAGGACUCUGGUUGACAGAUCCGAUGAAACUCUACUCGAUGCAUCUGAUAGGAAUGUGCUUGACAACUUCGAUAGGAAUGUUAUGGACAAGUUCGACAGGAAUGUUCUGGACAAGUUCAAUAGGAAUGUGCUUGAUAAGUUUGAUAGGAAUGUUCUGGACAAGUUUAAUAGAAAUGUGCUUGAUAGGUUUGAUAGGAAUGUUCUGGACAAGUUUAAUAGGAAUGUGCUUGAUAAAUUUGAUAGGAAUGUGUGUGACAAGUUCGAUAGGAACGUUCUGGAGAGGUUUAAUAGGAAUGUGCGUGACAAGUUCGAUAGGAAUGUGCGUGACAAGUUCAAUAGGAAUGUGCUUGAUAAGUUUGAUAGGAGUAUGCCCGGCAGAUCGGAAGCGAGAAGAAAUGAGAAGCCCUACCCUUAUCGAAAUUAUGGAGCGUACCCUUAUACAACUUAUGUAAGUUACACUUAUCCAACGUAUGUAGGUUACACGUAUCCAGCGUAUGUAGGUUACCCUUAUCAAACUUAUGCAUAUUAUCCUCAUCACACUUAUGAAGAUAACACUUACCAAACGUAUGGAGGUUACCCCGAACCAAGUUAUGGAACUGAAUCAAACCAACACUGCGGAACUACGUACCCUAAUUGGAGGAACCAUAUCCAAGAAAGGUACAAAUCAAUGCUCCCAUAUGGUUGCACCCCCCAAGACAUUUCCAGAGAUCUUACGGACGCAGAAAUAUUGAACAUGCCGUACGAAUUCCUCUAUCCUCCAAGGAUUAGUAAAAGAAAGGCAUUUAUUUUAUAUUUUUACUAUGGGAUAUAUUUAGAAAGGAAUUACUACGUCAUGGUGGAAGAUCUGAACAAAUGGUUUUCCAGCGUAGCAGAAGCCAAUAAUUUGCCAGAUGAUUACAAGUUAAAAUGGUGGGAAGAAUGCAACAAAGAACUGCUGUACGAUUUGGAAUGCAUUCAGAGGACAUGUGAAAAUUUUUUUCGCAAAUUUGUUGAUAAAAGAAGAGGAAAAUAUAUAUGGACUGUACCAUUUGAAAAUCUACUAUAUGGUUUUCACAAGUUAACACAUAGAAGUAUUAACCGAAACAAGGAGAAAUGGACUAAUAUUUUGGCAGAGGAAGUGAAAACCUAUAGCAGGAGGGAAAAGAGGAAGCAUAAUACUAAAUGA